AUGCAUAUUACCAUCCUCGGUGGAGGCCUUACUGGACUUUCCGCCGCACAUCACAUCUCGCGAGCAGUCCCUACGGCUCAGAUCACGCUCAUCGAAGCGAGCAAUCGGUUUGGAGGAUGGGUACAAUCCACCCGUCAAGGCGUGGUACUCGAAGGUGGACCAAGGAGUAUACGGCCGGGACGUUCUUCAGCCGGUGCAAUCAUGCUGAAAAUGAUUCGCGACAUUGGACUCGAGUCCUCCAUCGUCCCUGUUCCCCGAGAUAGCCCUUCAGCGCGUAAUAGGUUCUUUCUCAAAGACGGCAAGCUCGAGCCCGUGGGUGUGCGAUCUGCACUUACUCCACGGACCGUGUUCUCCGUCCUUACUGAACCCCUCGACCUCUUCCGCCCAGCUCGAUCCGACGAAUCUGUGGACAGCUUUCUCACGCGCAAGUUUGGUCACUCGAUCGCAGCCCUCGCUUCGACUGGCCUUCAUGGCAUCUACGCUGCUUCGUCGUCAGAUCUCUCUGCAGAGGCCAUCCUCGGCAGCUUCUACAAGGCGCAAUCAUACCGAUCGGUGGUCUUGGGACUACUAUGGAUGAAACUGUUUCCCUCGACGGCCUCCAAGAGAACCACCGCAACGGCUGCCGCUCACUGGGCUCAACUCGGCCCUCUCGGCAAGGAAGCGGCCACCUGGGCGUCCUACGGCCUGCAGGGCGGUUUGGCCACACUCACAGAUCACCUGGCAAGCUCGCUGCGCGCCGACUUGCGUCUCAACGAAAAGGUCCUAAGCCUCACUCCUGGUACCGUCAGGACGUCACGAGGACUCAUUACAACCGACCACGUCAUCGCCUGCAUUCCCCCUGCCGAACUCGCCAAGAUCGCGUCACUUCCUCACCUCACCGUCAAUCCCAGUACAACGGUCGGCGUUGUCAACUUUGUCUAUCCCGCCCCUCCGUCUCAAAUCCACCCCGAGGCAUUUGGCUAUCUUGUCCCAAAGCAUGACCCUCACGGGGUCCUCGGCGUCGUCUUUGACUCUACAGCUCUGCCUGGUUUGGACGACCACUCGGUGACCAAGCUGACCGUCAUGAUGGGUGGUCCCUACUGGUCCACGUAUGGCUCGAGCAUGCCGCCCAACCUCGUUUCCCCGGCCCUCGAGCACCUUCACGGCGUCUUGCCCGCACUGCGCUCACUCACACCUACGCACGCGAUCCCGCACCUUCAGCGUGACUGCAUCCCGACCUACCUACCAGGACACUACGCCCGCAUGCGAGAGCUCGGAGCAGCACUGCAACCUUGGCAUGGCACCCUUUCGCUUGCCGGCGCCGGCUACUAUGGCCCCAGUGUCAACGACUGCGUCGCAUCCGCGGCCGCCAUUGCCUCCGCUCUGGCCAAUGGCCAGCAUCCCACAGGACUCGAAUGGCUAAAUGCAUAG